CUCCUCGCCUUGUCCCCCACCAUCUCGUCUUGUCCCCGCAUCUCGUCGCUCCGACUGUGAUGCCCUUUGUAAGCAACGGCGGUGAAACAAUUCACUCAAGACGAGAGAUGGAGUCACGCCUCGAGUUGCCGUUCAUCAAACAAGAAAACGAUGAAAGUCCAAUCGUCGGGAUGUGGUCUGACUUGACGGUGAAACGUGAACAUUCAGAUGCCGGGGAGGUCGUGACGCGAGAAGAUGCGGGGAGUCCGGCCACUGAGACAUUGAGGAUUGUGGUGAAAACGGAAGUGGAGGAAGAUGCUCCAGACGUGAAGAUUGUUAAAGUCGAAGGAUGCGGUGCGAGUCCAGAGGAGACGGCUGAUUCCCUCGAAGAACGUUCGGCCGCUUCACACCGGGGCUUCAUCGAAUUGGAGUUGUCGGAGGGGGGCGUUGGUGAAGAGGGUGUGAAGAUUGUUCAAGUUGGUGAGAGGCCAGAAGAGACGGCAGAUUAUUCCCUCGAAGGAUGUUCGGCCAAUUCAGACCGGAACUUCAUCGAGGUGGAGUUGUCAGAGGAGGACAUCGGUCAAGACGACGGAACGGAUGAACCAAACGAAACGGAGGCCCUGUGCGAGGAGUGCGGCGGCAAGGGCGGACGCCCCGGCAUGGACACGGAGCGAGCAGCGUGGGUCGCUGGGCAAAUCCCACGAGCAGCCUGCGGGCGAUGCGGGAAGGCGCUCGGGGUCGCCCCGUCGCGCCCAGAGGUCUCCUCGACGUUCGGCAAGAACCACAAGUGCAAGGAGUGCGGGAGGGGCUUCACGUCGCGCUCCAGUUUGGAGACGCACCUGAGAAUACACACGGGCGAGAAGCCGUUCGUGUGCAAAGACUGCGGGAAGGGCUUCACGCGGUGGUUCACUUUGAAGAUCCACUGCAGGAAGCACACGGGCGAGAAGCCGCACGUGUGCGAAGUCUGUCGCAAGGGGUUCACGACGCCUUACCUGUUGCACGCGCACUCCAUGUCGCACACGGGCGAGUGGACUCACGUGUGCAAGAAGUGCGGCAAGGGGUUUGCGUACAGCUACAAAUUGAAGGCGCACGCGAAUACGCACGCCAAGGGGAAGCGGCACGUGUGCGGGGAGUGCGGGGACAGCUUCGCGCGUCACCCCGACUUAGAGAGGCACGCGAAGAUGCACGCCGGCGAGAAGGGGCACGCCUGCGCCGAGUGCGGGAAGAGCUUCGAGCUGCGUUCUGCUCUGGACGCGCACGCGAGGACGCACGCGGGCCAGGAGUGCGUGGCGGCGUUCGCGACGCGCCCCCUACUGGACGCGCACACGAGGACGCGCGCGGGCGGGGAGCCGGGCAGGAAGCCGCACGCGUGCGAGGAGUGCGGGAAGUCGUUCGCGGAGCGCUCCACCCUGGAGGCCCACGCGAGGACGCACGCGGGUGAGCGCGCGCAUGUGUGUCACGAGUGCGGGAAGGGGUUCGCGACGCGCUCCAGCCUGCGGACGCACGCUCGGAUACACGCGGGCGAGACGCCGCACGUGUGCCACGAGUGCGGGAGGGGGUUCGUGCGCCGCGCCACCCUGGAUGAGCACGCCGCGUGGGCGCACGCGGGCGAGCGGCCGCACGCGUGCGAGCAUUGCGGGGAGGGGUUUGCGCGCCGCUCUCACCUGGAGGAGCAUGUCGCGAGGGCGCACGCCGGCGGGAAGCCGCACGCGUGCGCCGAGUGCGGCAGGGCCUUCGUGCGGCGCUCCAACUUGGAAGAGCACCUGAGGGCUCACACGGGGAAGUGGCCGCACGCGUGCCCGCAGUGCGGGAGGGGCUUCGCGCAUCUUUCCAAUCUGGAGAAGCACGUGCUGAAGCACGCUGCGGAGUGAGCGUCUUGAUGAGUCGCGGUGAAACUAAACGGGACUAUUAAAAAAAAAAUGUUAAGUUUAAAGGAGGACGUUGGUGAAGAAGGUGAGUCCCUCUCUGGAACGAUCAAUUCAAAUUUUGUAAAAGAGUUCGUAGUUCGAGGAAUGCCCGUCUUGCUUAUUGGCGUGCCGCGGGAGCUAGGGGAUGUUAAUUCCCUCGCCUGGUAUGCAAGACGGCGUGGGUUCGAUCCCGACCCUGACGCCGUAUAUUUGGAGUGUCCAUGUUCUCCCCUUGAUCACAAUCGCAGAUGAAAUGCAAUUAUUGUAUUACAACAAUCAUAUCCCAGUUGAAUCAGAAUCUUCACUUUCAACUAAACGUUCUUUUCAUUUUACCAGGUAAGGCCCCACUGAGCCCUUAUGUAUUAGCGCUUUUUCAGAAGUGACCUGGCCAUCACAAAGGAUAAGCUCAACGACGUGGGCUUAUCACCGUGUGAAAAUGUAUAACAGCAGCCAAAUAAGUAAACUAUUAAUUAUUUGAAAAAUAAACUAUUUUUAUUUUACCAAGUGUAAGGCCCACUGAGCUGUGUAGCUCUUGUUUCAGAAGCCACCUGGCCACAAAUGAUAGCUCAACGGAGGUGUCUUAUGACGUGGAAAUUUAGAGCAGCCAAAUACUCUCUAAAUGCUUGACGUUGAUUCAAAACGUGGAGAGGGAAAACACCGGAGUGACCCGGAGAAAAAUCCACGCGACCACGGGGAGAAAGACACGCAAACUCCAAAUAUACAGCAGCAUGCGUUGGGAUCGGGAUCGAACCCGCAACCUCCUGCAUACCAGGCGAGGGAGUUAACAACUCACCACCGUAGCAGUUCAGUUCAUUGAAAGUGGAGUGUAAUGGGGGUCGUCUCCAGCCCGAAUCAUAAUACAGUGAUACCUCGGUUCACGAACUUAAUUCGUGAACUGACUCUGGUCGCGAACCGAAUUGGUCGUGAACCGAGGCACAUUUCCCCACAGGGUUCAAUCUAAAUCCGGUUAAUCCGUUCUGACCUUUUUUUUUGGUUUUUGAAGCACAAAAAUAUGAAACAAAUUACAAUACACAUUAGUACUGUGCAGUAUAGUAAUGUAUAAAGAGAGAACACUAACCUUGCUUGAGAUGACUUCAGUAAGCACUCAAACGGGUGAACUGUACAAUACAGUAAGUACAGUAUUGUACAGUACAGUAGUACAGUACUGUAUGUGCUAAAAAGCACACCAAAAAGCAAAAAGUCACUGAAAGUGUCUUCACAGUACUCACAGUACUUCUUUCUGUGUCUCUUCUUCUCUCCACGAUCUUCCUACAGGAAGUCACGACCACGUGACAGCCUGGAAAUAGCAUUAAAAUGGCCGCGGCUCCUGUUCGUGAACCGAAGCGGAGUUCGUGAACCGAAGCAUAUUUUUAUGAACUUUUCUGUUCGUGAACCGAGUUGUUCGUGAACAGAAGCGUUCGUGAACCGAGGUAUCACUGUAUUGGUAUCAGAAUUUAAAUGUACGUCGAACUUGUUUCGCACUGCACGUAGCCGACCGUGAUAAUCGGAGGUGCGGCAGAAGGACAACGAGCUGAACACAAAAAGCAGCUCUCAAAUAAAUGAGUUUGAUCAUUGGUUUUUUUAC